AUGGCCUUGCCCGCUUUACCCUUUCCUGUGGAAGACUUGGGGUGGGAUAAAUUUGAUGAAGUUCAGAAAGCGGCCCAGCUUUCCCGGGAAGAGUGCCUCACGGUCAUGAAGCUUGACCUUGGGCAACAAGGGAAGCCGGACAAGCCCAAGCCGAAAGUGAAGGCCAAGGCGAAAGCCGCGGCCCCUGUGUGCAAUGGCCAUGUUAAUGCUAAGCAUGAGCCGUCGGAGACGGAUUCAACUGCUCCCACCGCUGUUGAGCCCCAGACACCAGCCGGAGGGCAGGCAGAUCUUGCAGCUGCUGUGCCACCUUUGAAACGCUUGCGCACUGAAGGGGGUGAGUCAUGCAACACCCUGCAAGAUGGUCUUGCUUUGGUGGCCGGACAACGGAAUGAUCUUGGCAAUGCUGCUCUUCAGCCUGAGAUGACACAGGUGCAGGAUUCGCAAGAGGCGUCGUCGCAGCUUUCGCUAGCAAGCACGCUGCCGUUGGGUGCAAGCGUGAGCACUUUGGGGACUACUGUGGCAGCGUCUCCGAGGGAGCUGGAAUUGCAAUCGAGGCUUGCAGCAGUUCAGGCCGAACUCUGUGCUUUGAGGGAGAAGCGUGACAUGCAGGAGAAGGGUUCUGUGGAUGACAUUGACAGGGAUAAAUUGUAUCGACGUAUGGAUGCAGAGCUGUGGGAUCAUUGUCUCCUAGCGCAGAGUCAUCCGCCCCAACCUGGUGGAUCCGGUGACAAUGAGACAAUCCAGCAGAAGCAGCAGCAGCAGAAACAGCAAAAGGUCCAUGUCUUCAGUGAGCCUUUGAAGAAGGAAACGGUGGUUGUGGGUGCAGCUUUGACACCGCCAGUGUACUCCAAGCAGCCUGCAGCACCUGCAGCAUGCGCAAUGCCCGAAGCCCAUGCUGUGACCCCGCCACAGCCGAAGCAACCUGCAGUACCUAUGCCUGAAGCCCUUGCAGAGACACCGCCACAGCCUGAGCAACCUGCAGUACCUGCAAUGCCCGAAGCCCUUGCAGUGACACAGCCAGAGCCCAAGCAGCCUGCAGUACCUGCAACGCCCAAAGCCAUUGCCGUGACUUCGCCACAGCCGAAGCAACUUGCAGUACCUAUGCCAGCCAUUCCAGAUGACCUAGCAGCGAUGGUUGCAGCAGCUCCACCCCAGACAUCCCAGCAGCCUGCUGCUGCAGUGCCUGGCCAAACGCCACUUGACCCCAGGGUCAACACUUCCACCAACCGGGCGGCAUCUAUGAGGCUCAACCGCUUCAUGGAGUCUGCGGAAGGUCAGAAGUUUCCGCACAUGCUGAAGCUUUUCAAUUCCAACAGCGACAAACGAAAGCUUUUGCAGACAUGGGUGGCCGAGGGUGAGAACAGACAGGCUUGCGAAUCCAGGGUGAUCCUCACGAAGGAGUCUUCCAAUGUCUACCGUGGUCAACGGGAGCUGGUCUCGAUCCGGGACAUGAUCUUGGUGAAGAAUUGGCCUAUGGAGAAGAUUCGGGGGAUUGUAGCGAGGGGUGGCGGGGUGCCAGACCCUGAUGCCCCUACAGUGCCAGCCCUCACCCAAUACUGGUGCUAUGUGAGCAGGACCCAUACGGAGGAGGAAUCGGUGCGACAAACGGCAGAAACCCAGGUCGCAGCACAGACGACUUCGGAGGGGAUUGGUGCCAUGAUGGGUUCUACUUUGCCUCGAGGUUUGGGGUCAGCUGCGGUCAAUCAACAGCAGCUGGAUGAGAUCACCCAGUCAGUUGCUUUGCCUGGUGCUGUUGUGCCUGAAGGCCAUGGUUGUGAAAACGUUUGUUUUCGUUUCCUUACUGUAUGA